AUGUCCAAUAAAUUCCACUGCGAUGUUUGCUCGUCGGAUUGUACCAAUCGUGUUCGGAUUUCUUGUGCCCUUUGCCCGGAGUAUGACCUGUGUGUUCCUUGCUUCUCGCAAGGUUUGUACAGCGGAAGUCACCGGCCAUAUCAUGAUUACAGGGUAAUAGAAACCAAUGCUUAUCCGAUUCUCUGCGAAGAAUGGGGAGCUGAUGAAGAGCUGGCUCUCAUCAAGGGCUCUCAGAGUCUGGGGCUGGGCAAUUGGCAAGAUGUUGCCGAACAUAUUGGGUGCAGGCAUAAGGAAGAGGUGGACGAGCAUUACAUCAAAUAUUAUUUGGAAAGUGCCUUUUAUCCCAUACCAGACAUUACGAAAGAGAUCGAUGUUCCACAGGAGACCUUUUUAGAAAACCGUAAAAGGCGAAUUGAGAGGUUCCGCGAGAUACCUCUAGUUCCGCCUAGGAAGCCAACAGCCUCUGUGCCAAGCUGUCAUGAAGUUCAGGGGUUCAUGCCUGGACGAUUGGAAUUUGAGACAGAAUUCGAAAACGAAGCCGAGGGCCCAGUUAAAGACAUGGUAUUUGAACCUGACGACCAGAUGUUGGAUAUUGAAGUUAAGUUAACUAUUUUGGACAUCUACAAUUCUCGCUUGACUCGGAGAGCGGAGAAAAAACGCUUGUUGUUUCAAAAUGGAUUAAUGGAUUACAGGAAAUUGCAGGCGAUUGACAAAAAGAGAAGCAAGGAUGCGAGAGACAUGUACAAUAGAAUAAAAGCAUAUGCCCAGAUCAUGACUCCUGAGGAUUUUGAGGAAUUCAGCAGAGAUAUCCUAGAGGAACUCAGGUGUAGGACCAGAAUCCAUCAAUUACAAGAGUGGAGGAGUAAUGGCAUUACAACUCUGGAAGCCGGUCUUAAAUAUGAGCGAGACAAGCAAGCCAGAAUUAUGACACUAGAAAGAUUUGGGAAUUCCACUUAUUCCCCUGCUAAUGGCGGCGGUCGGUAUAGAAACACUAAUGGGCACCGCUCUAACACUGAUUACGGGCCAGGCUACAGUGAGCCAAAUAAUAAGAAAAAGACAAUGACGUUGAGCGACAUUCAGCAUGGAGCUGACUAUGGUCUUCUCUCACCCGAGGAACAGCAGCUUUGUCUACAAUUAAAAAUUCUGCCUAAACCAUACUUAGCAAUAAAGGAGGUUAUGUUUCGAGAAUUGUUAAGGACUGGCGGAACUCUGAAGAAAAAGGCUUGUCGCGACUUGGUUAAUAUAGACGCCAGCAAAGCCAACAAAAUUUACGAUUUCUUUCAAACUCAACGAUGGCUGUAA